GUCUGACUCUGUAUUAAGACCAACCUCUGUGUAGGCCUAUAGGGAAAGACGCUAGACCCGGAGCUCCAAUUGUAUUAGGUUUGUUUGUCAAGAAUAAAUAUUGACAUUUGAUUAUAUGGUAGUAAUCUAGUCUCCUUUCCUCCAAUUCGACACUCACGGGAAUUGUUGGCCUGAAGUCACAGGAGGCCACAAUCCCAACAAUUUGGCGCCCAACGGGGUUGGAGGGGGAGUUGGUGUGGUCGCUGUUUUCUACUACCUGGGUCGACUAUACGUCUGUCUUCCACUUGACGCGCGUCACAACAAAAAGGACCUGAGGGGGUGGCGUCUUCCGUCUACUUUGUAGAAGCGUUGGAACAGGCUUGGUUCCAUGGAGGUCCAGCGUCAGUACCUCACAUCUCUUUGGCCGUGGCACCUGGUCACGAACAGAGGGCCUUAGGUCCCAUGGUCAAACGGUUGUUAGCCGCAACUGACUGGACGCCGUCCCCUGAUCUCCCACAAGUGCACUUUUCUCCGUCUGAGUCAGCGUAUCGGAUAUUUGGCCAGUUCAAAGACCCCUCGUUGGUCCAACAUCAGCUGAUUGACCGACACAUGCACAAAGAGCUCACUGAUCAUGAUUUGUCGGCACUUAUGCUUGACAGCAUCCCUGAGGGGGUGUGGUCAACGGGUCCCUUUGACGUGGACUUCUGUUCAUCUGUCACUCUUAUUACACUUGAGGUGCAAGAGAAUCCCAUGGUGUUCUGACCUCAAUAUAGGUGGCCACCUGAGGCAGACGAGGGAAUGGCACAGACCUUGGUGGGUCUGUGGGAAGCAGGGGUGUUGGAACACUCGGACUCGGAGUGGUCCACACCCCUCCGCCCUGUUUUGAAAGCCGACGGCGAAAGCUACCGUAUGGUGCACGACUUACGUGCUGUUAACGAUGUCACUCUGACGCCGGUGCUUCCGGUACCUGACCCUCACAGGAUCCUCUCCUCCCUGUCUCCCUCAUUCCAGUGGUUCUCUGUGAUUGACCUGGCAAAUGCAUUUUUCUGUCUCCCGCUCCAUCCAGAUUCACGAAAGUAUUUUGCUUUUACAUAUCAUGGCCAGCAUUAUCAGUACACGCGCAUGCCACAGGGCUUUAGAAACAGCCCCGGUUUGUUCAACCACCACCUGCGUCAGGCCUUGUCCGGCCUACAGCUCCCGGAGGGGUGCCUGUUGGUCCAGUACGUGGAUGACGUUCUACUUGCCUGUGAUUCAGCUGACGUCUGCCUAUUGGCUACUCAAACCUGUUGACGGUGUUGCAUAAACUCGGGUUCAAGGUGUCGCGCGAGAAACUGCAGUGUUGUCGUUGUACUGUCACUUUCUUGGGCCGCGUUCUCUCUGCGUCCGGUUACGCCAUGUCCACAGCCCAUAGGACGGCAAUCUUGAGGCAUCCGAAGCCCUCCACAGUGGGGGGGAUGCUUUCGUUUCUAGGGCUGUGUGGCUACAGCAGACACUACAUUCCGUGUUACGCCGAGUCCACCGCUCCGUUACGUGCUCUCGUCCGUGCGAAGGGUUCGCGCCAUUCUAACGCGCUUCUGGAUUGGGACAUGGAAUCCUCGCAGGCUUUUAUGUCCCUGGUCCAAUCCUUAGCGACGGCCUCCGCCCUGGCUGUUCCAGAUCCUACCAGCCAGUUUCAUCUGGACGUGUCUGUAAACGGACACAGUCGCGAAUGGUGUCCUCUUCCAGCGUGCCAAUGGGCACCGUAGAGUCCUGAUGUACGCCAGUGUCCCUCUUGACCCCACUGAGUGUUGGCAACCGUUGUGUACACGCUACGCGGCGGGGGGUUGCUGCUCUGGUCCUCAAGACGGCUCACCUGGUUCGAGAUCAGCCUUUGGUCAUUUUCUCACCUCAUUCUGUUGUGUCUUUUGUCGCGUCUGCCUCUUUUACAAUGACAGCCCUCCGCCAGUCCCAUCUGUUGCGCACCCUGCAGGCCCCAAACAUUCAGUUCAUACAUUCUGGCGUUAAUAUGGCCGAUUCGAUCUCAGCUUCCGGCACUCCUCAUGAGUGCGCCCUGCAGGUUUCAUUUGAUUCCAAAGUGCGCCCAGACUUACAAACCAAACCGUUGAGUGACGGACUGGUACUUUUUACGGACGGCUGUUGUUUCCGGUCGCCCUCUGGUGACCUCCAUGCAGCUUCCGCAGUUGUCCAGUUUGACCCUGUGGCUAACACCUUCCACACUGUGUGUACUGACACUGCGUUUUCUACUCCUUCUGCUCAGGCUGCUGAACUGCGUGCUCUGGUGUUGGCUCUUUGUCAUGCGUCAGGAGCGGCGGCCACUGUCUUUUCUGACUCUGCUUAUGCUGUUAGCGCGGCAUGUUGUGAUCUUCCGGAGUGGCGCCGUUGUGGCUACAUGACGGCUCGUGGUCAACCGAUUGCACACCGUGAGAUUGUGGAACAGCUGGCGGAGGCCUUGCUUCUCCCCUCUCGCGUGGCAAUCGUUAAGACUGCUGGCCACUCCAAAGCUGAAACCCUCCAGGCACGUGGAAACGCGGCUGCUGACUUGGCCGCCAAGGCGGCAGCUGGUUACCUGUCCUCCUCUUCUGUGUCCAUCUUUCUGGCUUCUGUUGCAUCCGCCCCUCCUCUGGCCCCUCCUUUGUCUCUCGAGUUGCUGCGGGCUCAUCAGGCCUCGGCGUCUCCGGAGGAACGCUCCUUCUGGCUCUCUCAUGGUGCCCGGAGGACUUCUGAUGGUCUCAUUGUCGGUCGGUCAGUCUCGUAAGUGGUCUGACCCUCGCUGGACUGGUCCAUUCACGGUCAUCGCCAGGACUGACCGUGCGGUCCAGCUCGAGGGCAAGGGCAACAAGUGGUUUCACUACUGUAUGAUCCGUCCUGCUCCU